CGCGUUGAUUUGUUUUUUACACAUGACUUCGCUUUCCCAAAUUGAUAGCAAAUUGGAGAGGUUUGAGAGAGAGAGAGAGAGGGUGAAUUGAAUUGAAUCAGAGAGAGUGAGGAAACUGGUUCAAACCGUGCCGACAUUUGCCUCAGAGAAGGGUAGAAUCGUAAAUGGCUCCUCCACGCAAGCCUCGACGGUUAUCGACUUCCGGCCGGUCGUCGCUGAUCGACUCCAUCCGCGGAUUCACGCUCUCCGGCGUGCGUGUCAACAAGGAGGACCUCCAGAACAAAAUCACCUUCCCGGAGUAUCUCCGCCGCGCGAUGACGGAGGCGAUCCGCGCCAAGGACGCCGACGCCGCUUCCGCCGUCCAGCUCUUCGACCAAGGCCAAGGCCAGCAGCCCGCGGAAUGGCCGCUUGUGGUGUUCAUCAAUUCCAAGAGCGGCGGCCGCCACGGCCCCAAACUCAAGGCCCGCCUACAGGAACUGAUGGGCGAAGAACAGGUUUUUGACCUUUCAGAGGUGAAGCCUCAUGAGUUUGUUCAGUAUGGAUUGUCUUGCCUGGAGAAUUUUGCUAAUCUUGGAGACAAUUGCGCAAAAGCAACCCGUGAGAAACUUAAGAUUGUGGUAGCAGGAGGUGAUGGCACUGUUGGCUGGGUUCUUGGAUGCCUUGGGGAGCUCAACAGACAGGGCAGGCUUCCUAUUCCACCAACUGGAGUUAUUCCACUUGGUACUGGAAAUGACUUAUCAAGGAGUUUUGGUUGGGGAGGCUCAUUCCCUUUUAAUUGGAAAUCAUCUGUUAAAAGAACUCUUGAAAAGGUCGCCCAUGGUCCUAUUGCUCGUCUUGACAGUUGGCAGGUCUUAAUAUCAAUGCCAGCUGGGGAAAAAUUGGAGCUACCUUAUUCUCUGAAGGAAGCAGAAGAAACACCUCUUGAUCAGGAACUGGAAGUUGAAGGGGAGCUUCCAGAGAAGGUUUCUUGCUAUCAAGGAGUAUUUUAUAAUUAUUUCAGCAUAGGUAUGGAUGCCCAAGUUGCAUAUGGUUUCCACCAUUUACGCAAUGAAAAACCUUACCUUGCUCAAGGUCCUAUUUCAAAUAAGAUGAUAUACUCUGGAUACAGUUGCCAACAAGGAUGGUUCUGCACACCAUGCAGCAGUUAUCCAGGUUUAAGGUCUUUGAAGAACAUCUUGAGGAUUCACAUAAAGAAGGUGAAUCAUUUGAAAUGGGAGCAAAUCCCAGUCCCAUCAAGCGUGAGAUCUAUUGUUGUUCUUAAUCUUCCUAGCUAUGGAAGUGGAAGAAAUCCAUGGGGCAAGCUAAAGCCAGAUUAUCUAGAGAAGAGGGGGUUUGUUCAGGCUCACCCAGAUGAUGGUUGUUUGGAAAUUUUUGGUCUUAAACAUGGAUGGCAUGCUUCGAUGGUUAUGGCUGAAGUAAUAUCCGCCAAACACAUAGCACAGGCUUCAGAUAUCCGAUUCGAGCUCAGAGGAGGAGAAUGGAAGAAGUCUUACCUACAAAUGGAUGGUGAACCAUGGAAACAACCAAUGGACAAGGACUUCUCAACGUUUGUGGAAAUUAAGAGAGUGUCCAAUCAGUCCCUCAUGGUCAGGGCAGAAUAGGUUCGUGUGAAAAGCUACUUACUACAGCAAUAAGUCGCUGUACAUACAUAUUUUAGCUUUGCAUUAAUACAUUCUUUGAGCUGAAGUUUAGUAGACUCCAGAGUGAAAUUGAGUAACAAUGUUUCUAAUUCACAAGCAUCGAAUCUUAAUAUAAUAGCUUGGUUGUUGCUUCCA